UUCACCUGUCACUCCAGGGGGACCACGUGGGGUACAGGUGCUGGAGUGGGCGGGGCGGGUGGUGAAGUUAUGACGCUGUCUGUCAACCUGCGAUCCAUUAAAAAAAAGUCAGUUUGCUAGAAUAUGUCUUAGAUAAGCUGUAUACGUAUACUUACAAAAACUCCGACUUUUAAGCAGACGUUUCCGUCCGCGUUUGGCUUUAAGGGGUAGGCACAGCUAAGUUGUGCGAGGGAACACAUACUGUAUGUUAGCUUGUUGGCUAGUCGCUAGCCGUCAGUGAGGAGAACAUACGAGCCGAGAGCACCUUGUGAUGGCUUCUCUCGGCAACUCGGGGGCCAUCUCCAGUCCCAUGGUCAUACUGGCCCCCAAAACCAAGACGAAAAAGAAACACUUCGUCCAGCAGAAGGUGAAGGUGUUCCGUGCGAGCGACCCCGUGCUGAGCGUGUUGAUGUGGGGCGUCAAUCACUCGAUCAAUGAUCUGAACCAGGUGCCUGUCCCCGUGAUGCUGCUGCCCGAUGACUUCAAAGCAAACACAAAGAUCAAAGUCAACAACCACCUCUUCAACAAAGAGAAUCUCCCAGGGCAUUUUAAGUUCAAAGAAUACUGUCCUCAGGUAUUCAGAAAUUUGAGGGAACGGUUUGGGAUCGAGGAUUUGGAUUACCAAGUUUCACUGACGCGGAGCCCCCCUGUUCGGAGUGCAGAAGCCCAGGGAGAGGGACUGCUGCUCCACUCUGAAGACCACACCCUAGUGGUCAAGCAGAUCUCCAGCGAGGAUGUGGCAGAUAUGCACAACAUCCUGUCUGAGUACCAUCAGCACAUCGUCAAGUGCCACGGCAGCACCCUGCUGCCCCAGUUCCUGGGGAUGUACCGCGUGACCGUGGACAACGAGGAGACCUACCUGAUCGUCAUGAGGAACAUGUUCAGCCACAGGCUUGUGGUGCACAGGAAAUACGACCUCAAGGGCUCCCUGGUGUCCCGUGAAGCCAGCGACAAAGAGAGGGGCAAGGAGCUCCCUACCUUCAAGGACAUGGACUUCAGAAACAACAUGCAGAAAGUGUACGUCACUGACGAGCAGAAGGAGAAGGUUAUGGAGAAACUGAACAGGGAUGUGGAGUUCCUGGUUAAGCUGAAGAUCAUGGACUACAGCCUCCUCCUGGGCAUCCACGACGUGGGCCGGGCCGAGCGCGACGAGGAGGAGGGCGACGAGGCGUCCAACGACGAGGACCUGGAGACGGAGAACGGCGUGGCCCCGGGCCCGGCCGCGGCCUCCUACGGCACCUCUCCAGAGGGCAUAGCGGGGUACAUGUCUUCCUGUAAGCCCCUGGGGCCCGGGGAGUUUGACCCCUACGUAGACGUCUACGCUAUCUCCAGUGUCCCAGGAGCCCCCCAGCGGGAGGUGUACUUCAUGGGCCUGAUCGACGUGCUCACUCAGUACGACACCAAGAAGAAGGCCGCGCACGCAGCCAAGACGGUGAAGCACGGGGCCGGAGCUGAGAUCUCAACGGUCCACCCAGAACAAUACGCCAAGCGGUUUCGUGAAUUCAUCUCAAACAUCUUUGCAUAGCGUAGUGUGACACGCAAGGCCGUGAUUGGUCUGAUCCAGCAUGCGUUCACGUGAUUUUUUUUGUUAUAGAUCCAAAUGAACUUUCCAUUUGUUUGUGAUGCUAGUUACCAUCGACCAAAAAAGCACAUUUGGAUCAGACUACUUCCAUUGUUGUAAUAAUGUGUACUACUGCUUAUGCAUCUAUUUAUUUGAAAGGGUGACAUCAGUGAAUUAGAUUCCACAUUAAUGAAGAAAAGCACUCCGACUGUCUUGACAAUUAGGAAAGCUACUUUGAACUGGCUGUUUCAUGAAUCAGACUGGGUCCAUAUAUUUAAAGAUGACAAAAUAAGCUUAAUAUUUCUAUAUAGAAAUUGGCCCUUUGCUUGUUUGCUUCACGAAGAUGUGCCAAAAGUGUACCAUCAGAUUUUUAAAAAAGAAGAAACGAUUAGACUAAAUCAGGCUUUUUUUCUUUUUCAAAUAGUUUGCCAGAUUAGUAUUUGAGAAGUAUUUGAGAAGGUGUUGUGAACCGUGUUUCCACCCCAUAAAUUAUAGUUAACUGAGUGAUGUAUUGUGGUUUUCCUCGAAGAUUCAGAGAGAAUCCAACCGGGUCAGUUUAGUUAACCCUGUGACCCGUCACAGCCCACAAAGGGACUCUCCUCUACCAAAGUGCACCUACAAUGUCAGCCAACGCUAGUCUGACCAACGCUGAUGACGCACAAACUAACGCGAGGGAAGCGGAAUAAGUUUGUUGACUAACCUCCCACACACGUGCAGAGUUGGCCCAUAUCUGAUCCUCUGUAAUGCCAUGGGGUUCAUUCGUUAAAUGUUUUACAGCAAACUGAUCAUUGUGAUGAGUAAGAAAGCCCCCCAUGUAACUAGGGGUAAAUCAGUGUAUUUCAUAACCAUUGGUGUUGGCUUGUUACAAUUGUCUUAAAUGUGAGAAGAGAACACUACAUUUGAACAGCUUUAUGCAAUUAGCCUUAAUAAAGUAAUGGAGUAAUAUCAUAGCAACCUAAUACACUGGAAAGACAAAAUGUUUUCUCUGUAUAAUGCCUCAUGAAGGUAUGAUUGCACAUCAUGCAUUUUUGCUAAUCAGCUUUUGGACCAAAAUAUAUUUUACAAAGAACUUUUGA